UCCCACCCGAGCCACUCAAAAAAGCCACAAGGCUUCUCACUUCAUCAAGGCAUACCUAGCUUAUCGUCGGUGCAGCAAUGGACGCCAUGGAAAGAGGCCAGGGCUCGCCGCGGCUGCCAAAGAGCCGGGGCUCGAAGGUCGACGAGGAAAGCCUCAAGACGCCGCUGAUAGAGAGCAAGAAGACCGGCAGCCGGGCGCCGGCGGUGGUGCUCGGGUUCGAGUGCCUCGAGAGCACGGCCUUCAACGGCAUUGCCACCAACCUGGUGCUCUACCUGGAGAGCGUCCUGCACGGCAGCGGCCUGGCCAGCGCCUCCAACGUCACCACGUGGAUCGGCACCAGCUUCCUCACGCCCGUCCUCGGCGCCAUCCUCGCCGACACCUUCUGGGGCAACUACAACACCAUCCUCGUCUCCCUCGUCGUCUACCUUCUCGGUAUGAUGCUCAUCACCUUCUCUGCGCUCCUGCCGACCACCGAUCUGUGCGGGCUGGGCUCGUCGUGCCAUCCGAUGUUCGGCGCGCACACCGUCGCCUUCUCCGGCCUCUACCUCGUGGCGUUCGGCAGCGGCGGCGUGCGGGCGGCCCUGUUGCCGUUCGGGGCGGAGCAGUUCGACGACGACAACGCCGUGGACCGGGAGCGGAAGAUGGCAUUCUUCAGCUGGUUCUACAUCUGCGUCGACUUCGGCAUGAUCGUGUCCGGGCUCUUCCUCGUGUGGAUCCAGCAGAACGUCAGCUGGGGCCUCGGCUUCGGCAUCGCCACGGCCUGCAUCGCGCUCGCCUUCGUCGGCUUCGUCCUUUUCACGCCCAUGUACAAGCGCAGCAUGCCGACCGGUAGCCCGUUCAAGAGCCUGUGCCAGGUCGUGGUCGCCGCGUGCAGGAAGGUCACCCUGCGCGUCCCCGCCGACGCCGCCGUCCUCUACGAGGUCAGCGACAAGAUCGACCAGCCCAGGAUCGCGCACACCAAGGAGUUCACGUUCCUCGACAAGGCGGCCGUGGUCGCGGACUCGGACCUGGAGGAGGUGACCAACGUCGACGCCGCGGCGGCGGCCGCGGGCUCGUGGAGGCUCUGCACGGUGACGCAGGUGGAGGAGCUCAAGAUCCUGAUGCGGCUGCUGCCGAUCUGGGCGACGAGCAUCGUGCUGUCGGCGGCGUACGCGCAGCUCAACACCACGUUCGUACAGCAGGGCAGCGCCAUGGACAUGCGGGUCAUGUCGUUCACCAUCCCGGCCGCGUCCAUGGUGUCCUUCGAGGUGAUCUGCGUCCUGGCGUGGGUGCUCCUCUACGGCUCGGUGAUCGUGCCGGCACUCAGGAGACUGUCCCCGGCGAGCGACGAGCCGUCGCAGCUGCGGCGGAUGGGCGCCGGGCGGCUGCUCAUGGCGUUCGCGAUGGCCGUGGCGGCGCUGGUGGAGAUGAGGAGGCUGGAGGCCGCCGGGAGCGGGGAGUCCAUCAGCAUCGGGUGGCAGAUGCCGCAGUACUUCGUGCUCGCCGGCGGGGAGGUGUUCUGCUACAUCGCGCAGCUGGAGUUCUUCUACACCGAGGCGCCGGAGUCGAUGAAGAGCAUGUGCACGUCCUUCUCGCUGCUCACCGUGGCGCUGGGCAGCUACGCGAGCUCGAUGAUCUACGCCGUCGUGAACGCGCUCACGGCCACCGGCGGGCGGCCCGGGUGGAUAUCGGACGACCUCAACGAAGGGCACCUCGACUACUUCUUCUGGUCCAUGGCGGCGCUGUGCACGCUCAACUUCGUCGUGUACAGCGCCUUCGCCAGGAACUACCAGGUGAAGACGGUCGUGUCGUGAUCGUGAUCGUUCCUUGCUCGUCGGCGUACAUAAGGAGGGCAUCGGAUUUCGCAUUGCAACACGCAGUGCGGUGGUACAAAAGAUUGUUUUGUUUCUUGUUUCAGAAUUCAAAAAGUUCUUUCUUUAGGUAGCGCGUUAUAAAAGAAUUUUAAAUCUAGUUUGGUAUGGUGCAAUUACGGGAACAAGCAACAACAAUUGGGUUUGUGAUACUGUGUACUA